AUGGCGCCUCAAAACAACACGAGCGAUGACCAGCCGCCACCGGCGACCAAUAUCAUCGACACCCUGCCAGGCGCAUCAAGCAAGCCAUCAGCUCAGCCCUUUUGGGGUGCAAAGAUGCUCAUAUGGUCCGAGAAUGUCCUACGCCUGAUGAGAAUGGGAUUCCACUGGAGUCCCACCAAUAUCGUGCCAGGCAUCGGGGACGUCAAACUACACCCGCCAAAAGAAAUCACGAGCAAGCACUCGAGGUUAUAUUUCGCCGCAGGCAAGAGAUGGAUCUGCUACUUGAUUGUGUCUGCGCGCGCUCCUCCCAGACGAUCAUCAACUUUGACCUGCACUGGGCCACACUGGGUGAAUGCAAUAUUGAGCGGGCAGACGCCUGGUCCUGGUCCGGCCUCAAGGUCUACCAUGAACGAGUCCAGGUCGAAAACCUGCUUCAACGCGCUCUACGCCGACAUGCUCCUAAGCGGCUGGUGGCCCUGGCCGAAAGCACUCCCCGUCGAGACACCCUCGGCCGAGAAGACGCCCGACGAUGAGGGACAGGAGCCUUGCCUGUACACGUGUGCUGCGUAG